AUGGCAGCUUGGACUCGUUUCAAGUUGCUUCUGGCCCUGGUCACCACUCUGGUGACCAUGGUUGCUGCUUCGGCUGAGUGCUACAACGUCGAGACGGUCUUUCUUCAGGACCCUCACACUGGGGAGCAGUAUCAGUUUGGUGAAAUCAAUGUUUUGCCUCCCGCUUUGUUUGGUCGUGCUGUUCAAGCUUCCGAACUGAUCACUGUUACGGUUACCCAUACUACCUGCGGUCAUGAUGAACCGACCACAACUGUCACCACAGACGUUCCAUGCACUACUGGUCACACUCUCACGACGGAGACUACUACUCCAGUCCCAGUUCAGGUCACUACCCCUGCGCCUGGUGUCUCUAAGUCCACUGUGCCUACUACAUCCUCGACCCUGGUGCCUAUUACGACUCAGACUUCUGUGUCCAGCACCCCCGAGGUGUCUUCUCAGUCGACUGCACUGGUUUCCUCGCAGACUCCGGUGCCUGUCGCCCCUACUCAAACUCCUGUGUCUAGCACUCCUGGAGUGACCACUGAGUCAUCUGUGCCUGCUGGCCCUCACAGUUCUGCUCCGGGUUCUACUGAAGUGACCACCCAAUCGUCUGUGCCUACUGUCCCUCACAGUUCUGUCCCCAGCACUACUGAGGUGACCACCAAGUCUUCCACACCUGGCACUACCUUGGUCACCUCGCAGUCUUCUGUGCCUGGUGCCGGUCAAACCCCAGUGCCCAGUACCACCGAAGUGCCCACUGGAAGCAGCUCUGUGACCGACACUGGAUCCUCCACGGUUACUGCCACUGCCACUGAGUCGGUUACUUCUUCUCGUCCUAAUGUUACCAGUGUGGCUCCUGUUCCUACCACUACUGCUGUGGACCACACCACUUCCACGGUUUCUGGUACUUCCCCUUCUGAAGAGUCUACUGCUCCUGGUACUACCGAGAUUCCUGGAACUGCCUCUGAGGUAACUACUGGAUCUGUUACAUCUUCUCGUCCUACCAACGUGGUUCCUGUCCCUGGUACCACUGGAACUGCUUACACAAACUCAACUGUACCCCAGGCUCCUAGCACUGUGACUGAUGUGACGACCUAUUACACCACGUCUCCUUGCCUCAAUUCCACUGCGCUCGCUCCUACUCCGGUGACUACUGAAAUUACUGUCACUGUUGAGGUUCCGUGCACCGAGACCACCAAGUGUGUCAGCACCACGAUUCUUACCACCAGCACCCUGCCAGUCUCGAAUACGACUGUUCCGGCUCCCAUUCCUGCCACCACGGCCACUGAGGUUCAGCCGACCGUCCCCGUUUCUGUCCCGGCUACUACUGAAGAGGUCACAGUCACGGUUGAGAUCCCCUGCACCGAGACCACGAAAUGCAUCAGCACAAAGGUGUACACCACCACCCCCACGGAGACUACCACUAUCUCUGUGACUCCGAUCCCGGUUACAGUUCCUGCUCCACAGCCCACCACUGAGGUGGUGACAACUGUAGUCCAGCCAACUGUUCCCGGUACCCCUCCACAGGAGACAACCGAGGUUGUCACUACUGUGGUUCAGCCCACUGUUCCUGUCCCCGUUUCGCAGGAGACCACCAAGCUUGUGACUACUGUUAUCCAGCCAACAGUGCCUGUUGCCCCUCCACGGGAGACCACCGUGCUUGUGACCACUGUCGUUCAGCCCACUGCACCUGUCCCCGCUUCGCAGGAGACCACUGAAGUUGUGACUACUGUGGUCCCGACCGAGUUGGUCCCACUUCCGUCCGCCACCACUGUCGAGGCGACUACUUUGGUGAAGGUUCCUGCUCCUCCUGCUCAGCAGUCUACCACUGAAGAGACCACCGAGACCCAGCCAACCGUCGUGGCCCCAACCACUCUGGCGACUACUACUGAGUCCAAGGCCUCGGUUGUGCCUCCCCAGGAGCCUACCCAUACCCAGGACGAGACCGUCCCGCCAUCUCCUCAUGGUACUUCUUCCAGCGGCACUCACACCCCUUCUCCUGUUUUCAACGGUGCCAAUGCCGCUGGAAUCAUGGAAAGCCGCCUCUUUACCAUGAGCAUUGUGGUUAUGCUCUCUCACAUCUUCCACUUGAUUCUGUGA